AUGAAUGAGCUGAAAACAGGGAACUUUUGGAGACAAAGAGGUUUUUCAGCUGCUCAGUUAAACAUGAUGGCCCUAACAAAGAGUGAAAUAUCUGAUCUCUGUUUCUUUCAAUUAAUUCGAACUGUAUUUCUGUGUUUUUUUGACCAAGUGAGAGUGAAAGAGCAAAGACAAGAACUGAAUGAAGUGGAGGAGGAACAUCUUAAAUUUACAAUUCAAAGAACAAAAGCCAAAAAGAUGCACACCUGCACUCAGUGUGGAAAGAGUUUCUCACAGAAAAGAAACCUUAACACACACAUGAUAAUUCACACUGGAGAGAAACCCUAUACAUGCACUCAGUGUGGAAAGAGUUUCACAUUUUCAUCCACACUCAAUUAUCAUCUGCUCCAUCAUCCUGGGGGAAAAAUAUUUAACUGUGAUCUGUGUGGUAAAGCUUUUAUUUCAUCAUCACAACUAAAACAACACUCGAAAGUUCAUUCAGAUGAGAAGCCUUAUGUGUGUUCUCUCUGUGGAAAGAGUUUUUCAUGGCUGGGCAACUUUAAAAAGCACCAGAAAACACACACUGGAGUAAGAGAUUAUGUGUGUAGUGACUGUGGGAAGAGCUUUACUACAACUACCCAUUUGAAAAGGCACCAAAUAAUUCAUACUGAAGAAAAACCUUACAAGUGCUCAUAUUGUGACAAGAGUUUCAUUCAGUCUGGAUCUCUGAAAUCACACGAGCGAGUUCACACUGGAGAGAAGCCGUAUUACUGUGCUCAGUGUGGGAAGAGUUUCACCCACUCAAGUCAUCUAGGGAAACAUAUUAGAAAGUAUUGUUCUGUGUCACAGUGAACAAAUGUUUUGUUAGAUUCAUUGAACUACACAUUAAGUAAAUGUGAAGUUAGUUAACUAAUAAACUAGUGUUGAU